UAUCUGUCUAAUAAUAAAACUGUUGUCACUGAAUUUUGAACAAUGAAUUUGAUAUUUAGGCGUCUGUGCAGACUUAGACACUCCGAUUUUAUGAAGUUUGAGGAUUUAUGUGCGUAUGCAUUCCCGCGUUAAUAAGGCAGGUCAGCAGUGAGGAAAUAUAGAGAGCAACGAACACAAGAUGUCCGAUUCCUCCUACAGCCACAAUAGUGGCAUACGCUUCAAGAAGAGGAAGGCACGCUUCACGUUCAGUGAGGUCCACAUCCUGCUGGAUGAAGUGAGGAAGAACCGUCACAUUGUUGUUGGCAAGUUCAACCGAGGUGUACCAACAACGGUAAAGAAGCGCACAUGGGCAAAGAUCACAGCCUGCGUCAACGAGAUUGGGGAAUGCCAACGUGAGGUCAUUGAGGUCAUCAAAAAGUGGUCUGAUAUGAAGUGUGACACUAAACGUAAGGUAGCUGCUAUUCGUGCUGGGGCAGUCCCUUAUAAAGGCACAAACUCUUACCUCUCCCGAGAACUAUCACCCAUUGAGAACAUUGUUCACCAAAUCCUAGAACUUGAUGGCAAACGUGGCAGACUGCCUACAACUGCAGCACCUGACAUGGACAUCUACUCAGGAACAGGUCUUAGAACAGAGGAAGGAGACGAAGAAGAGGAAGAGGACGAUAUCAUGCUAGGGAUACCCUCUUCGUAUAUUGACAACUCGAAUGAUGGCGAUACAGAUGUCCCCACAAUAUCACUUCCUCCCCACCCCCUUGGAAUGCCUGUGCCCUUGUCUGUACCUAUGUCUGUGCCAUCAUCAGUGUCUGUACCUUUGUCCCUACCCAUGUCUGUACUUACAACAUCAGUGCCUUUACCCAUAUCUGUGCCCACCUCUGUGUCUGUGCCUAUGUCCAUACCACUGUCUGUACCCAUGCCCGCUGUCUCAUCAGUGCAUGAAGAGGAUCAUGCUAUACUCUCUCCAGUGUACUGCGCCAGAUCUCGGGAGUAUUUGGGAGACACUUCCCAUCCUCAUUUUGAGGUGCAGUAUGAAAUAUGUUCUGAAGACCAGGAGCUGCAGCAGAUAGACUCUGAUGAGGAGUGCCAGGAGAAAGCUCUGCCACCACCUAACCCCGCAGAAGAUGAGCAUUUCCUGUCCAGUCUACAGCAUGUCACCACUCCAGCCUCCAGCCACCCCAUGUCAUCCCCAUCUCCAUCCUAUGGGCCCCAGAAGCUCUCACAGCCAGGCCUGAGUACUCGAGACAAAAUAGCCCACACCACGACGCUCAGCAUUCAGGAACAGCACAACACCAACGUUCUGCUGGAGACGGUGUCUCGUUCCCUGGAGCUGCUUUCUGAGUCUGUGCAGCAGCUGGCCGAGAUCCAGCAGGAGUUUGUGCAGGACUCUCUGCAGCUACAGAGGGAGACGGUGCACAUCCUGCGUGACUUCGCCAGUGGAGCCCUUGCUCUCAUGCACGACAAGCUCAACGGGCGGCCUGCUCUGUAAUGACCGCCAAUGCGGCCCUAAGUCAUUUGUGAUGCCAGGAGGCAGAACAGAUAAACAUUUAAAUCGGAUCAGAGAAACGGUUUACAUACAUCAGUUUAACACUGGCCAGCUUGUGUUCCUCAUUAUGGAUGGCAGUUGGUGAUGACACUGGUGUGAUGACUCAGUUCUUAAAAAAGGGAAGCCUAUUACUAGAGUGCUCAGCUCUUGGUUGAAUAUUCCUGUUUUCCUGUUGCCUUGAUUCCAAUCAAAGGCCAUAACAUGUUCAUAAUACUGUAUAUUUUGUAAUAUAUUUUCUGAAGCAAAGGCCGAAACAGAGGGCAAUAGUGUCGACAAUCAUUUCUUUGCUGAAGAUUUAUCCACAGCCCUUUCAUGAGAGCAGGCAUUAACAAGAAUUCCAGAAAAAUGAAGAUGCAGAUUUAUCUGGGACAUUUGCGGUCCAUAUAAUGAUUUAUAUUACAACUAUGCUGUAUUAAUAGUACCUUGGUUCAAUAUGUUGUUUAACAGGUCGUGCGAAUUUCACAGACUGAUUAACCAGCAAUCUUUUCCGAAAGUUUGAUUCAGUUCUAGUUCCAGGAUAUUAAAAAAGCUAAAAUCAUAUUCUGUAAAAAAAAUGCAAUACUUGCAGAGAUGGUGCUAGUCUCGGUUUCCCUGUUUGGAUAUAUGUGGGUUUGCCAUAGGAGAAAACAUGGAACAAAGUGAUUCA